UCAGUUUUGCCAAUGAGAGAAGCUUGUUGGUUCUGUAUAUCGUGCGUUCAGAAAUACACACGCAUGGUUACGGCAACAUAAAGAUUAUCAUGUGUUCGGUGUCGUAUAGGACGUAGUUGAGUAGUUGCCGAGACUGCAGUCAAUAACACCACAGACGCAGAUAUUUAAUGUUCCCUCUUAUAUUUGUCGUAAUGGCACGAUAUAACUUGUCCUGAAACUUUGAAACGUUGUUGAAAACAAAAUCAUCCAAAGUUGGGCAAAGCGAGGCCGAUUUAUUCUCGUUCUGUCUUUAGAAUAUGCAGUUUGCUCAAAGAAAAGUGAAGUAGCCUAUCCAAGCAGUUAUGCAGUCUCCAGCUGAUCAUGAGUGCUGUCAGGUCGUCUCUGUCGCGGGAGCAGGAGAGGCAGCUGAGCUCGCUGUUCGGCCAGGUGAAGCUGAGCCUCCUCUACAAAGCCAGCGUGCACGGCUACACCGCCGCUGCCUUCCACGGCAGGUGUGACCUGCAGGGCCCCACCGUGGUGGUGGCCUACAACCACGCAGGCUUUGUCUACGGCGCCUACACCAGCAGGGACUACGCCCAGAGCGGGCAGUACGUCGCGGACGAGCGCGCCUUCCUGUUCAGCUUCGGCGGCGAGCGGGCGGGGCAGAGCCCCCUGCGCUACACGCCCAAGCUCCCUGAGCAGGCCUUCCAGGACGGGAACACCGGCCCCAACUUCGGAGCGCUGCUCUUCCUGAAGGACAACACGGCCGCCGUCGCCUGCACUCCCGGGGUGCUGUACAACUUCGCCCCGGCAGACGUGCACGGCGACGACCCGGCGCUGGAGGAAUGCGAGGUGUACAGGGUGGAGGAUCUCGGAGGCCUCCUGGAGAAACCUUGGAGAAAUGUCCUCUGGAAUUCUGGGAAGAGGAAGGAGUUGCUGGACUUUGUGAAGAACUACAGGCCCAUGAUGAAGGGGGUUCAGCAGGCCCGGAUCCUGCUCGUUGGGCCGGUCGGGGUUGGGAAGUCUAGCUUCUUCAACUCCAUCAAUUCCAUCUUCCGGGGUCAUGUGACCAGCCAGGCCAUUGCAGGCAGUGCUGUCAAAAGUCUGACUUCCCAGUUCCGCAGCUACCGUGUGAAGGCUGGGAGGGAGGGCAAGCCCCUCCCCUUUGUGGUGUGUGACACCAUGGGAUUGGAGGCCGCCGCGGGGGAGGGGCUUCACUUGGAUGACAUCACAAGCAUCCUGCGAGGCCAUGUUGUGGACAGGUACCAGUUCAACCCGAGAGUGCCCCUGCUGCCAGACUCCCUGGGGUACCGUAAGAACCCCUCGCUCUGUGACAUGAUCCACUGUGUGGUCUACGUGCUGGACAGCACCAAGCUGAACCAAAUGACACCCAAACUGUGGGAGAAACUGACUGACAUCCGCAGCAAGGUCAACCUGCUGGGUGUUCCCCAGCUGGUGCUCAUGACCAAGGUGGACGAGGCGUGUCAUCACGUGGGCGUGGACCUGAAGCAGGUGUACAGCAGCCACUUCAUCGACAGGAAGGUGCAGGAGUUGGGGGUCUUCCUGGGGAUACCCAUAUCCUGCAUCAUCCCGGUGAAAAACUACAGCCAGGAGCUGGAGUUGGACCCCUCCACCGACCUCCUGCUGCUCAGUGCGGUCCAGCAGAUGCUCCGCUUCGCUGACAACUACUUCGACGACAUUUACCUGGGGGCGGACGAGCACUGCAGCGAAUAGCCCCCCCUCUACACACCAGGGGGAGGGGGAGCAGUGCGGAGAAUAGCCCCCCCUCUACACACCAGGGGGAGGGGGAGCAGUGCGGAGAAUAGCCCCCCCUCUACACACCAGGGGGAGGGAGGAGCAGUGCGGAGAAUAGCCCCCCCUCUACACACCAGGGGGAGGAUGAGCAGCGCAGAGAAUAGCUCCCCUCUGUACAGUACUCUGUAGGUCAUUGACUGCUAUGACCCCCAAAGUGAAAGAUUUAUGUUAUUGUUAUUGUAGAAAUAUAACAGGAAGUUAUCAUUUAACCCCAAAAUGGCUACUCCGCACAGUUAACCUGCACUCUACACAUUAAAGUGCUUGUCCUGCUUUGCUUAAACCAGUGUCCAAUACGCUGUAUAUUUACCGUAAAAAAUGUUGGCACAGAUUUCUCAGAUGCUUGCUAAAUGCUGUCAGCUGCUCCGUAAGUGUGCCCUCAUUUUAUACAGAGGUCAAAUAAAUAAACAUCACACUCCACAA